AUGCAGUGUUCCCUGUGCAAACUGCGUACCCAUCAGUGGUGUUUCCUCCUCUUCAAUGUGCUACUCUUCCAUGCCCUGUUGUUUGGGGCAGAUUUUGUCGAGGAGUACCUCCUGCAGCCCACGCCUGGGGUCUACACUGAUGGCAUGGUUGUUGAUGUAAGAGAGAAAGCAAGGAAACUAGACCUCAGCAAUGCCAGGGAGAAUGUGUCCCUGGCCUACCCCAUCGCUAACCCCGAUGCCUGCAAAAACUCUGACCUCUUCCUCCUCACUCUAGUCUUCAGUUCCACAACUAAUAUCAACCAAAGAGAUGCAGUCAGGAGGACAUGGGCCAACCAAACGCUCAUUCAAGGCUUCCCAGUGCGGAUACUGUUUUUCUUAGGAUCAACUCAGACUUCCGCUGCUCAAAAGGACCUCAUGGCAGAGUCUGACCGCCAUAGGGACAUGGUCCAGGCUCAUGCUGUUACUGACUCAUCGCUCCGAGGCCCAACAGAAAGGACAGUGCUGGCGCUCCGCUGGGUGAUCACCUUCUGUCCCGUGGCACGCUUUGUUCUGCUGACCAAGGACUCUGUGUUUGUCAAUCUACCUGCCAUCGGAGGUUACCUACUCGGGCUGCACAGGCAUCCCGAGGACCUUUAUCUGGGCAGGGUGAUCCAGAGAGACUCUCCUGACAGGGACCCCAACAGUCCUGGCUACCUGCCCCCAGCUCUCUACCCUGACAAGUACCUGCCUGAAUACUGCGACGGCACAACUUAUGUUCUAUCCCAGGAUGUCGUUCGAAAAGUGUAUGUAGCGUCUGCAGCAGUCCGUGCACCAGUGCCAGCUGAUGUUUUCGUGGGCCUUUGUGCUCAGAAGGCUGGUGUGGCACCAACCCACAGUGCCAGGUUUGCAGGAGAGCAACAUAUUCACUAUAACGUCUGCUGUUACCGCUAUCUGUUCAGCUCGGCAAGAAUGAAUACCCAUGAACUAGACAGAGUGUGGGCAGACCUGGGGCAGAAAGAUGGAAGAUGCUCACCAUUAAAGACCUAUUCUGGCCUGGUGACCUGCAAGGCCCUCACGUACCUGGAUAAACUGCCCUUCUUCAACUUCCAGGGUCAAGCUGAAUCACAUGGGUAAUUGAUGACGAGAAAGACGGAGACAGAGAACGUUAGGAAGUGGGGUUGAAAGAAAAGUGUGUAAAUAGGUUUGUUGUCCUUGUGCAUAUGUGUGUGCUAGUGUUUGCUUUUGCCUGUCAGUAUAGUUGAUAGCUAAAUCCAUGUUAAUUUCUUUAUAUGACAGCUAGAUCACUAUUAUAGAAACAUUCAGCCUGGAACACUGUAAUAUAUCCACAUUGCCAGAUGUAUGUAAAUAAAAAUGCAGUUGACUUCUAAUAGGGUUCCAGUAGAGGAAGGAUUAAUUAUUUUUCCCUUGAGUGAAUUUUGCAUUGCAACAUUGUUAUUAUCUAAUGUAUAAACUAGUUGUUUCUAUAUUGGUCGGCAGUUAGGCCAAUGCUUAUGGGGAGG